AUGGUUUGGCGCAUCCCCAGCGCGCAGCCCCCGCCCGGCUGCCUGGGCAAACUGCCCGCCCUGGAGAGCGGAGACCUGCCGGGGCUGGACUUCGCGCACAUGUACCAGGUGUACAAACCCCGGAGGGGCUUAAAGAGGAGCGAGGACAACAAGGAAACCUACAAGCUGCCGCACCGGCUGAUCGAGAAGAAGAGGCGCGACAGGAUCAACGAGUGCAUCGCGCAGCUGAAGGACCUGCUGCCCGAGCACCUCAAGCUGACGACUCUAGGUCACCUGGAGAAGGCUGUGGUUCUGGAGCUCACCUUGAAGCACGUGAAGGCACUGACCAAUCUCAUCGAGCAGCAGCAGCAGAAGAUCAUUGCUUUGCAGAACGGUUUGCAGGCGGGUGACCUGUCAUCGAGAAACCUUGAUUCCAGCCAGGAAAUGUUUCGAUCCGGUUUCCAGAUGUGUGCCAAGGAAAUGCUGCAAUACCUGGCAAAGCACGAGAACGGCAAGGAGCUGAAGGCGUCGCAGCUGGUCAGCCACCUGCACCGGAUGGCCAGCGAGGUGCUGCAGGGCGGGGCCGCCCGCAAGCCCGGGGACAUCCCUCCCAAACUGGUGGACUUGAAGGAGAAGCCGGCGCCCCUGGGCGCGGCGGGCGAGGGCCACGGGAAGAACUGCGUGCCCGUGAUCCAGCGGACAUUCGCUCACUCCAGCGGGGAGCAGAGCGGCAGCGACACGGACACGGACAGCGGGUACGGGGGAGAGCUGGAGAAAAGUGACUCCAAAUCGGAACAGCCCUAUUUCAAAAAGGAUACCGACCUCAAAUACGCUGUCCAGGAGAGAAUAAGCUCUAUUAAGCAAGAGACUGAGGACCCGCCUGCCAAAAGGAGCAGGCUGGAGUCGCCGCAGGACGAGGGCCCUUUUGGCAGUGACAUGAUGGGCUCUUCCAGCAGCUUCCUGGGCCCCCACGCUCACCAGCCUCCCCUGUGCCUGCCUUUCUACCUGAUCCCGCCGUCCGCCACCGCCUACCUGCCCAUGCUGGAGAAGUGCUGGUACCCGGCCUCGGUGCCCGUGCUGUACCCCAGCCUGCCGGCCUCUGCCGCGGCGCUGACGGGCUUCAUGAACCCCGACAAAAUCUCCCCCCCUCUGCUGAUGCCCCAGAGACUCCCUUCUCCUGUACCGGCCCAUUCCCCCAUCGACUCCUCGGCUCUGCUUCAAGCUUUGAAGCAGAUUCCUCCUUUGAACUUGGAAACCAAAGACUGAGCGCAGUGUGACUGGUUUUUCUCUUUUUUUUUCUUUUUUUUUGUUUUUUUUUUUAGUUUGAGAGACUGUUUCACUUUUAUAUAUUGGCUGGACUGAGGUGUGGGGACGAGGUUCACUGUGCGUAGGAAGCUAAAUCCCCUUUUCUCUGACCUGUCAGGUAGCUUGGAGAAGGAUGAAGGAUGCGCCCAGGUUAGCGAUUGACAACUACUUCCAAAAGAUUAAUGAAGGGUUUAAGAAGGGUUUUGUGCUUUACCCCUUCCCUUCUUCCCUCUCCACAUCUACAGAGCAACAGUUGACUCAGUCAGCUGUGAACCUAUUGCAAAGCUGUGAAGAAAUAUUCCAUUGGUCAGACCUGGUUGGAGGGUCUGUGGAUAUAAAAUACAUAAAUAUAACCCACGGUACUUCCCUGAGCGGUGCUGAAGGCAACGGCCCCGCUGGCUCAUUGGAGCUGGGCUGGUGUCUGAGGGGCCCCGAGUGUGGGGUGGUGGUGGUGGCAAUGCCACCGUGAGAACAGGAGCAGGACAGUGCUCACUGCAGGGGCAGCAGUGUCACCAGGAUGAGCAGGGCAGUGGUCACUGGUGGUGGUGGCAAUGCCACUGUGAGUGCAGGAGGAGAAGGGCAGUGGUCACUGGUGGUGGUGGUGGCAGUGGUGGCAAUGCCACCAGGAGAGCAGGGCAGCGGUCACUGCCUGGUCACACGCAGAUCAGGCAGACCUAAGACGGGUUUCUCUCCACACCUUUGCUGAUACAUAGAUAUUUUUUAACAAAUAAAAGGUAGCUGCUGCUUGGAGCUUUCCAUGGCGUACAUCUAAUAAAUAAAUUAACCUGCGCCCUUCCUGUAACUCGAGCUGCUAGCCGGGCCGGCUCGGGAGGAGCUGUCCCUGGGAUCGCUUUGCUGGUGGCACCCGGCUCCAGCCUCUCCCGGUGCUGCUGUCAGCUCAUCCCUCGGGAAUGAGCGCGGUUUGCCCGGCUGGGAGCUUCUUGGCACAGGGAGCAGCUGAGGCAGCGCCAUCCGUGCCCGACAGUGCCUUUGGAAAACGGCAGGGUGGGAUUCCAGAGGAGCCUGAUCCCGGCAGGAUCGGGGUUCCUCCCUGGCAAACCUGGCUCGCGCGUUAAGGGGAGAGGGCUCCGUGUGACACUUGGCCUGGAAACUGCAAGGGGCUUUCUCCGCAGAGGAACAUCAUCUCCAGUUUGGCUUCUUUCUAAUUAAAAAACCCCAAAGCUCACUGCUAAAGGCACUGCUCUUUGGUGGUUUUUUUCUUACUGGUUUGAGAACUGGUGAGCAGAACCCCUGUCUGGAUCCUCAUGUCGCCCUCCCAUUGCACCAGCUGUUGAGAUGCACUAUGCUUGAUUGCAGAUUGUGUUCUAACGUUUAUUUUGUUGUUGGUUUUUUUGGGUUUUUUGGUAUACAGUUGUUGCCUUUAUUUGUAAAAUCCUGUUAUAUAUAUAUAUUAUAUAAAUAUAUUAAAAGUUAAAACGUUUCAGAUGUCUAUUAUUUGUAUAACUACUUGAGCAUAAAGAAGUGAGAAAUAUGAAUGUAUUCUUGUUUCUGGGUUGUCUUUUUUUUUUUUUUGAAGAGAAGAAUAUUCCGUUUUUCUCUCGGGAGAGGUACAGUGUUUAUAUUUUGGAGCCACCUCCAAGGUGGGAUAUUGUACAUAUUUUUAUCUUGAGUAAAUGUUAAGUAGCUGUUUAAAAAUGCUUAAUAAAAUAAUUCUUUUCCUGUGGAAGAUAA